CUAUAUAAUAAACCGAAUAACCCGAUGAAUACAGAUCUUAUAAUACCAGCUAGAGGGACCACCAGUCUUCACACUGUAGUCUGCUGGUCACUCAAGCCUGUCUUAGCAGGACAUUCCUUUCUGGAAGUAAUGAUUUGUUAGUCAAAAUAACAGUCUACAAAGAACACGUCUCUGCCUCUCUCUCCCUGCAUCCAGUCAUGAUUGGAGGACCACUGCGAGCUCUGGUCACUUUGGUCAUUCUUAUAUCCACCAUCAAAACGAGUGGUUUCUGCACACCUGUCCCUUUGGCCUCUCUUCUCACUUUCUCUUCAAAUGUUUAUCACCUUUCAGUCUCCGAGGCAACUCCAAUAGGGCAGGAAAUUCUACAGCUCUCUGUUGUUGAUAACACAUCUCAUGUACUUUACGAGAUACUCAGUACUCAGUCCUCAGAUGAUGAUUUCUAUCUCUCUCCAAACGGGUUCCUUUACACUGCAAGGAUGUUAAAUAAGAGUCAGACUCCACUUUAUAAUCUUGCCGUCUCCGCCCGAAACACCCAACCUCUCUCUACCCCCUCGUAUACCUUUGUCACUGUUGUAAUAACAAAUGAUUCGGUUUUCUCUGAAUCUGAGAUUUUGGUACCACUGCAUGGGAAUGAGAGUGUCGGUCAGAACCUGUACACAGUGGAAGCCACAAGAGCUGAUAGCUACCCAUUUCAAUAUACAAUCAUUGGAGGCAGCAACGCUUUUCAAUUUUUUACAUUGAAUUCCAUGAGCGGACAGUUAAGCCUAUCUUCCACUGUGAAUUACUUUGGCUUCUUGGACCAAUACAGGAUUGUUGUUGAAGGUCGUAGCCUCUCUGAUCCACUAGUAUUUGGUAAUGUCGUGAUCAUAUUUUCUUUGUCUCCUAAGAAUAGCAGUACGGGUGGGUUUACCAAAGAGGAGUAUUUAUUUACUGUGUCUAACGAAACUGCUAUUGGCGAAGUGUUUGGUUAUGUUUAUUUGUCUGUCUGCAACAUAUCCAGUGACUCAAUGAAUUCCUCGCCACUAGCUGUGAACUAUUCUAUUACUAAUUCUGAUGAUGUUCAAAUUAAUCCAGUGACUGGUGGCCUCUCCUUUGUCUCUCUCCCUCGUAAUGGAAGCAUUACUAAUCUCACUGUAAUAGCAGUGACUCGUAGUGGCUCCUCGUUUUCUGCUAGCGUCACAGUAGAGCUUGAGCCUACCAGGUACGUAAUGGAGAUAGAAAAGAGAAGCUACAUGUAUGUUGUUUAUAUUGAUGAUGGACCGACUGAUGGGAGGAGUACUGUAUUGACUAGGAUUGAUGGUGGGGGCUGUAAUAAUUAUACAAUACUGGCAGGAGAUUGUUAUGGUCUAUUCUCCAUUGACCCUGUAUCCGGUAACCUCACUAUCCAUCCUUCUCCUCUCUCUCCCUCUGCUUAUUCACUGGUUGUGGGCGUCUAUUGUGGCAAGUUCCUCAGUUAUAUUAGUGUUGAAGUGAGAGUGUUGGACGUUAAUAAUCCACCGGUAUUUGAUCAAAGAAUCUACAAGGUAACAGCAAGAUCCAGUACACCUCGUAAUACUAGACUAUUAACUCUUACCUACUCUGAUCUGGAUGACCCAGGAUCAUCAAACGGUACAACUCAUCUCAGCUCAACCUCUCUACCAUCCUUCCUUCGUCUCUUGCCCAACGGAGAGCUACUUCUAAUUAAUGCCCUCCCAAGCAUUGCUAAACCCUGGGAAACAAGCUCGUAUAAUUUUAGCGUAGUUGUGAGCGAUGGGGGCAGCCCGAGUCUGUCGUCUACAGCUGAGGUUGUAGUAAUAGUUAUUAAUGACAUUAUGCCUCAGUCUAUCUCAUUCUCUCGUUCCUUCUAUUCUGGUAAUAUUACUGAAAACUCACCACCAGGUACUCCAAUCCUCUCUUUAUCACUGAAAAACCCUCAAGUACCGCGUCAUCUUGAAAUAACUUACAAGCUUAUUGGCUCUCCUGAUGUCCUGGCGUACCUGACCAUCAGCCCAUUAGGACUCUUAGUCUCUUCUUUGCCAAUAGAUCGUGAGAGAUAUCCAUCACUCACUGCUAGAGUGGUGGCCGAAUAUAACAAGUCCAUCCACACUGAAGCUACAGUCAGUAUCACUGUAUUGGACCAGCCUGAUACCACUCCUGUGUUCUUACAGGAGUAUUACACUGUUAGUGUUCAAGCUCCCCUACCAGUUUCCAAGGGGCUAUUAGUCCUCAAUGCCAUUACUCAAGAUUCUUCUCCUAUCACUUAUUCACUGGUUGGUAGUAGUGACAUAUUCACACUCAACUCAGCCACUGGUUCCCUUGAUACUCUAACUGAACUAUCAGCUCCUAAUAGUUAUACUCUAUUAGCUAAAGCCACUUCAUCAUCAGGUCUUUACAACACUGCACGUGUACAUGUACGUGUUUUUGUGGGGCCUAGUCGUCCUCAACUCCGCCCAUCCUCACUCUUCUUAAGUACCUUUAGUUAUCUGUUGCCAUCAGUUUCUCUUCUCGGCGAUUUGGGAACUUUUGUCAACGGGCAAAGACGGAAUGGAUUUGGUUUGUCGUUAAACCCAUCAUCAUGUUCUGCUGAUAAGUAUUUUAGGAUAACUGAAGGUUCCCUGUAUGUGCUCAACACUAUCACUAGUGGUAGCCAUCAGCUUAACAUAUCAGUGACUGAUGGUAGAGUGAUCUGGUCUGAGACUAUAACUGUAUAUGCUAAUCUACUCACUAAUGAUUCUCUUGAUCACACUCUCUCUCUCGCUCUUCCUAAUCUCUCCCUCGAUCACUUCCUGGGGAGGUUUCUCUCUCCUUUUCGCUCGGCUCUCUCCCACAUGCUGUCCUGUAUGCACGAGUGCCUGCAUAUCAUUAGUGUUGAUGAGCUACCUGGAGCCCGUGGUGUUAAAGUAGUCAUUGCUGCCAAAGAAAAGGAUCUAGUCACGUACAAGUCAAGUCUAGAGCUAAGGAGGACAAUAGAAGCAGAGAUUGGGCACAUUUCCUCUGCAUUAAGUUGGACAGUAGCAGUCAUGCUUGAUUCUUGCUCCUCGUCUCCUUGUCCUAAUCCAUUACGCCAAUGCUCUCCUUAUGUCUCUCUUGCUCUCCCUCACAAGACCAUCACCUCACAGUCUCUCCUAGUGAAGUCCCUAUCAUCAGCCUCCGCUCAUAAAUGUGUCUGCCCUAGAGGAUAUGAUUCCAAGUGUACAUCAGAGCUAAACGAAUGCGAGCCCUCCCCUUGUGACUAUGACGCUGUCUGUACUGAUCUUAUCAAUGACUACCAUUGCUCCUGUCCUCCAUUCACCUUUGGUAAGAAUUGCUCCACUCCGUGUAGAUUCAGCGCUCCCUGCAGUGCCUGUUCCCCUAACCCAUGCCUCAAUGGUGGCUCCUGUAGCAUACAGAGUGAGGGGACUAUUUCCUGUACUUCUUGUCCAGCUGGAUAUACUGGCCCACUCUGUGAGUUGACUGUGGCGAGGGUCUCUGGGGCAGGAGGGGCUAGUCUGGAGCCGCUGGGGAGGCAGAGGGAGGUCGAGUUUAGUUUUGAUUUUAUUGGAGUCCAACCGAAUGCUAUGCUGCUUCAUGCAGGGCAACUUAAUAAUGGUGAAGACUACAUAGCAAUAGGUUUGGUCCUUGGUAACCUACAGGUUAGUGUGAGGUGGGGGAACUGGUCAGUUAGGACUACACUAUCCAGUAAGAAUGGUUCUUUGAAUGAUGGACAGUGGCACUCUGUGGAAUUCAGAUUGAAUGACAUGACUCUUGAUAUUGUCCUUGGUAAUUGCAUUGAGUCAGAAGUUAUCCUCGAACGUGACAUAGUCAACUGUUCUGUAUCAAUACCAGUUCAGACCUCAUCAAAGAUCAUAAAUUUGGACUCGUCUCUCUACCUCUUCAACUCUCUUGGAGAAUCCACCAAUCAGAUUCCCUCGCUGGCCCAGUUCACCGGUUGUCUCAGCAACGUAAAAAUUGGCGGAGAACGAAACGGCAAACUAGUCGAUUUUUCGAGCGUCCCCACCCACCCUGGGGCCAGUCUAUUACCAGGCUGUCCUCAGUCCUCCAGUUCAUGCCAGUCAAGCUGUGGUGGUGAUGGCAAGUGCAUUGAAUUUUGGAAUGGAUCCCGUUGCCACUCUGAUAGUAAUGAUGCUACAGAGGCAAUUUCAUUUGAUGGGUCCUCUUCCUCCAGUUAUGUAGUGAGUUCUAUCUCUGCUGGUACUUCUAUGUCGUACUCAUCUCCAUUUAAUGUCAUGAAUAUUUCCUUUGAUAUGAGGACACUCCAGGAUGGAUACACUCAUGUACUAGCUAUUGGUGAUAAAGGAGAUCUUGAGCUAUUCUAUGGGAGCUUAAUAUUCAAUUAUCGUCCCUCCUCUCCAAUGCUCCGCCCACUCUCAUUAACAGCUGAUGCCCGAGUCAAUGACGGCUACUGGCACGGAAUCAAACUAUCAUUCUCAUCCUCUCUCACUCGCCUCUCAAUUGACGAUGAAAGGAUCGUCGCCGAUAGCAACCAAACCAUAACCAUAGCAACCUCCAGAGUGGAGUUAGGUGGGCGAGAAGGCUCUCACAGUAGAAGUUAUGAUGGCUGCAUUAGGAAUUUAAGAAUAAACUCUGAAACUGUUGACGAUGAUAAUUAUAAUGUUACGUUGAUUGGGACUGUCACUGGUUGCUCUAAUAAAAGCCCAUGUGACUCGAGCUCUUCUUCAUACACUGGGUGUCCAGCUAAUAGUUACUGUAUUGAAGGAUGGAGGGCCUCCAGUUGUAUGUGUGACAGCAGCAGAUCCUAUUUUCAUAAUGGAGGGACUUGUGUCCAGCCUUGCAACCAGCCAGUCAACUGCUUACAUGGAGGGACUUGUAAUUUUAAUUUUUAUGAGGAUGAUGGAUUCACUUGUGUAUGCGCAGCUCCAUAUGUUGGUCUUGAUUGUCAGAUAAAUUUAGGGAGUUCGUGCAGGAUUGGUUUCUUUAGAGCACCAGAAGAAUGUGUACCGUGUGCCUGUGAUAGAGAAGGAACCACUUUUGAUAUAUGUAACAGGGAUGGUGUCUGUCAAUGCAAUCCUGAUAUUGCUACUUAUGGUUCUGAUUGUAAACCUUGCAAUUGUAACAGAACUGGCUCUAACUCAACUGAAGUACAUGUACAUUGUGAUGAUAAUGGAAAGUGUCCAUGCAAGCCUGGGGUUACUGGGGAUCAUUGUGAUUCUUGUCAGACCGGUUUUGUAGGUUUUGGUCCCGAAGGCUGCAGAGAGGGUGUUCUUGUAAGUGGUUCCUUUGUCAUUGAUAAUUUAUAUUAUGCCAAUGGUGAUGAUACUUCCAAUCAGUUUAUAAAGGAAGAGAUUCUAAGAGAGCUUGAGAGUUUUGUACUACCAACCACACUGGAGCUGAACCUCUCUCUAUCAAACAAUUAUAAUGUAACUGCUGUCAUGUACAAUCUUGUCUCAGACUCUAAGGCCGGCCUCAUCUCCACUCACUUCCUUGGAUCAGUAAUGCAGACAGUAAUGGGGAGGGACUGCAUUGGGAGAUAUGAGAUAAGGAAGAAUUCUCAUGAUUUUAAUGCUGAUUGUUCAUUAUGCGAUCCAAUGGCUGAUUGUACUAAUUCCUCUAUCUGUGAGGACUGUCCUAGUGGAUCAUACCUUGAUGAUCCUAUAAUCUGCCGGUCUUCGUUGCCACAAGGCUGCUCUGGCCUUGAUACAGAUCAAGAUGGUUUCCCUGAUGCAUGUGAUUCCUGCCCCUACUGGUUCAAUCCUAGGCAGGACUAUACACUGCCUUGUUCUGAGACUUCUACCGAGAGUUGCCCGAGAGAGAAAGCUGGGGAUGUUUUGUGGAGUCAAACGGAUAAAGGAAGAGUUGAUUCAAGGGAAUGUCCUACACCUCUUAUUGGUAUUGCCACUCGUCAGUGUAGCUCUGAUGGAAUGUGGCUGGAGCCAAACUUUAAUAACUGCAUGACAUUCACUGGAGUCCAACUGAACUCUAUAUUACAAGACCUAACAGGAGAGCCUCCUUCUGAUCAAAAUGAAACCAUCGCAGUAUCCAUCAAACUGGAGAGUGUCCUCUCCUCAUCCCCCAGACUGUACUGUCGGGAUCUUGAUAGUGCAGUCUUCAUACUAGCCAAGAUCCUCAACCUUGACACGCUCCUCCCUCUCACCUCCUCUGGGCUCAAACCUCUAGCUGAAGUACUCGGACUUUUGGGUUCUUCAAAACUAGCAGAAGUAUGGGAGGAGACCGGGUGUAACGCUGGUAUAAUAUUGAAUCUGACAGAGCACCUUGGGGUCCUGAGUGCAUCCAGUCUUUCCAUUGGGGAGAGUUUGACUGUUGAAGGAGAUGGGUUGAGUAUGAGUGUCAGUGCUUAUAAUGGUAGAGUGUAUAGUGGGUAUGAAUUUAAUGUUAAUGGUAGUACUGCUACUGGAGUUAGUGUACCCAAUGGAGUUAUACCACUAGCAGAUAAUGAUAACUUUUCAAUCUCAUUGACUCAUUAUUCCGAUCUCUCCCUCUCUCUCCCAUACACUGACCUAUCACCUGAUGCUAUUGUUGGAUCACCAGUCUGGUCUAUACAACUGUUAAUGAAUGGUGGGCGUGUCACACAAUUAGCCACACCCAUUAACAUUACUUUCCCUCAUCCAAUUGAAUUAAAUUCCAGUUUAACGUCUCUCUGUGUCACUUGGAAUGCAACACGGAAUAAGUGGGUGGAGUCUGGUUGCCAGGCAACCGUAAACAAUCCCAACUCAACAAGCUGUUCCUGUCCUCAUCUCUCAGACUUUACUGUAUUGAUUGUCCCUUAUGAAGAAACCCCCACUCCUCCAACGCUCCAACAAAAUUUAGAUUAUUUGUACUACAUAUCAAAUUCUGUGACAAUAAUCUUCAUUGUACUACUCAUGGCAAUCCUCUUCUGUGUUUACUGCUGGUGUAGAAGCACAGUUAAUGAGAAAAGCUACUUUUCCAUAGCAUCACUCCAACUGUUGUUUGUAGUAGCAUCUCUGUACAUUGUGUUGUAUCUUAUUGAGCUGACCCAGAGCUCUGUUUUAUGUAUUGUGAUUGGAUUAGUGCUAGAGUGCCUCGUGUUAAUCAUUGCUUGUUUGUUUGUGAUGUCUCUCUUGAUUGUUUUGCUAUCUUCCAGUGAUAGAUUUAAACUCUCUCACUUUGUCAGUCUAAAUUUAUUGGCUUUUGUUAUUCCACUGAUGUAUGUGGCUCUACAAACUGUCAUACUCUACCUAACCCACUCCAGUCUUUCUGAUGCAUUCACUUAUCCUGACAUCUGUUGGAUUAGACCAUCUCUCUAUUACUAUCUCUUAGCACCACUUCUUCUAGUAGCUUUGGUAUUUGUUUGUCUUGUUCUGUACACAAUAUUGCACCUCAUUCGUGCUUCAAAGGAUCAGUCACACAUUCAAAAUCGAGUGAAUGCCACCCUCUUCCUUGUGUUCUUGUUUAUAUUCAUUGUCAUUAAUCUAUCAUUCACUAUGCUGACCCUACACAGCAUUCAGUGGUCCCCUCCAUUUAGCACUGUCUUCAGUCUCAUUGUCAUCUUGUCAGUCGUGACCUCAGCAGUCCUUAUCUUCACUGUUCUAUGCUGUACUAAACGACCUAAAAUUUUCAAGCUUAAUAUUGAGAGCGGAUCUUCCGAAGCUGCAAAGGAGUUUCAACAGUACUCCAACAAUUCAUCAUGUAUUGAAGAUGAGAAUACGCAACCUAUUUAUCAUACGAUUGGCAAUCGUACUGAAGAGCUCUACCAGGAACCUGUACCUGUACCACCUAUCAACCAGUUGAACCCAGGGUUUCAGGCUUCAAGUAUCCCUGAGUAUCACGAACUUGAGCAGCAGGGGGAUGGUUCUAAUUCUGAUUCUGACUCUGAAAAUGAGAUUGAUGUUGAUGUUGAAGCAUUGCAACAGCAGACAAGAGAAGAGAGAGAGAUAAGGGAAAGGAGAGAGAGCAACAGAAGAAUAAGUGCACGACUGGAAGAGGAGAAGAGAAGGAGAAGUGCAGGAGAUGAAAAUAUAUCUAGUAUUACUGAUCCUCAGCAGCAAGAGGCUUGGUUCAAUACAUUAGAUCCUUCUAGUUUAUGUGCCCCAGCAGCUCCUGUAACAUAUGCCAAUGGAACACAGUUGCAUGCUGAUUCUCCCAUAUCAACAGAUGCUCAUGAACUUGCAGACCUUCACAAUGAAAUUGAUAACUUGUAUCAGAUGAAAUCAGCUGUUUUGAAAGAAACUGUCCUCACUGCUGAUACUUCUAGUGGGGACUAUGUCGAUCUUAAAGAUGAUACCCCAGCUGUCAAUAAUAACUGGUAUGAGGACGGCUCAUCUUCAAGUAAUCAUCGUCCUAGGGAUGUGACUGACAAUAUGUAUGCUAACGCUACCAAUACUUCUCCAUUUGAUGAUGCUCAGUAUUGCACUGUUAGUGAAGCCAGGCAGUAUACACCUGAUGUACCAAGAAGGUUUAGCCUCCAGAAUCAAGCACAGCAGUAUAGUUCUAUUGAUCAAUUGCCUCCACAACCUCCUCCCAUGCAGCAGUUUGCUGAUCACACUUAUCAAGCCAUCAGAGGACAAAAUUCACCAAAUGCUUCUCCCCGUCGUACUAGCCUUAACUUACAAGGAAGAAGACAGAGCAAUGAUGGUCGCCCUGUUGCUCGCCGUCUCUCUAAUCAGACAAGAAAUCCUGGAGUAUCUGCCAGCGUACAGCUUAUGAAUGGUGGUAGCUUAGCACCUCGUGUAUGCAAUGGAUCUCAAACAUUAGUAUGAUGAGUACUAAUCAUCAUAUUCAUAUUUAUUCUUAUACUUAUGCUUUACCUGUUUGAUGUAGAUGGAUUUAUCAUGCUUAUAAUAUCUGUCUCACUCAUUUUCUAUUUGUUUCUGAUCUCUAUGCAUGUUUAUUCUAUGUAUGUUUAUUUAUAGAGGCCAUAUGAUUGUCAUUAUUGUAUACAAUAUCAUCUUAAUCUUGUAUUUCUAACCAUUUAAUAAAAAUCAGCAGUUACUAUAUACUCACUUUAA